UCAAAUGUUUUCACUAUGAGAGAAAGAAAGUUUUCCGAUAAAGACGAAUAUUUGAUAUGUGACGAGGAUGAUACAGAUAGCAGCACAAAUUCUGUGCCAAGAAGCUGUAACUGGAUGGUUUUGGCCGGAGUUUUUAUCCUCCAGUUCGUCAUCUCUGGUGUGCUGGCUUCGUAUGGUGUGCUGUUGGUAAGCCUGGUUGACGAAACAGGUGUAACGCUCAGAGAAGCAAUAUGGACGCCCAUAACAUACAGUGUAUCAUGUUGCUUGGCAGAUCCUCUAUGCAGGAAGGUGUCAGACAGAAGAAGCGGCCAAAGCUGCAGACUGCUUGCCUUCACAGGGAUCCUUAUUGCUGCAGGAGGGUUAGCCAGCACAGCCUUGCUUCACAGGUCACGACUGCAGGUCCUAAGUUAUGGUUUGUUAGGAGGUCUGGGUAUGAGUUUGGUGCUAACGCAAGUUGAGAUCAUCCUCCACUGCCAUUAUCCCAGCCACAAUGCUAUGGUCCCCCAGUAUGUGACCCAUAUGACCAAUGCCCUUUCCCUCUUUUCGAUGCCGCUGGUCCUUCUCGGCUUCAUAUCCCUCUACGGAUCGCAAGGAGCACCCCUCCUACAGGCUGGUGUGGUCUUGCAGGGGCUUAUUGGGGCAGUAACACUCAUUCCUCCGACCCAGCGACCUCGAACCAGGCAUCGCUAUCGUUUACGACCCAGAACCUUCACGUUUGUGGGCACCAGGAGUCAGUCUGCCGCCAGGAGAGACAGCUACAUCAAUGACGUUUACACCAGAAGGCGUUUGAUGUCCGCGAAAUCUAGUCAGAGCUGGAGAAAUCCUGCCUAUUGCGACAACAGUCCCGAGCUAAACGAUUGUAUCGGUGAACGGCCCGUGAUUUUGGAAAGCAGUUCAAGAUGCAACAGGAAUGGAGUUGAUAUCCUUCCUGAAAUUCCUGAAGAAUCUGAAGAAAAUUAUGAUUCAGACUGCAGUGAUAUCCAUGAAGAUGCAAGUGACGUAAAAUUCAGAGAUAAAACACCACAAUGUGGAGCAAGGAGUAUGGACAGUCGUUUAGAUUUGUAUAAAGUUCAUGCUAAAGUAACUGAUAAUUGUGUAGACAAUAAAAGAUGGAGUAUCGGAACUACGGAAGAGAUAAUGUCGUUUUCCAUAGAAAAUGGGUUAGCAAAAUAUUGGUCAGUUUCAGAGAACGACGACAUCAACAAGGAAGACCGGCGGAAUAAUUCGUGUAAAAAUAAUUUUGAAAAUGUUGAAGUAGAACUUGAUAAACAGGGUGUAAGAGAAAGGGCAAGUUUGUUUCCUGUUAAUAAAGCAGUUUGGACUACGAGUUUAUGUGAAGUCGGUUCAAAUUUUGAUAAUGAAGACGUAAGUGAAUUUGAUCCACUUUUGAGUAAUAUGGGUACUGCAAAGAGUCGUUCCGCCAAAAACUUUUAUCAUAUCGUCAGGAAGGCGAGGAGUAUGGAAGACGUACCGGUAUCUGGUAUUACGAGCGCUACGAAUCAAAACGAUGCUUUAAAUACAGAUGUUGUCGCGUCAAACGCGAACAGCGUCUCGAUGCAUUCUUCUGACGAAGUAAGUGUUCAUAAAUAUGAAAAUGGUGUCACAAGACAUGUUGAUACUAUUAAACUAUCUUGCGACAGCAAACACGUUCAAAAGCGAUUCAGUAUCGGAAGCUCGGAACAGUUGUUAUCGGCAGAUGCUGUGUUAUUGACAGAAGAUGCAGAAGUUACAGAUGGUGAUGAUUGUCAGAAGUUGUACAGUACUGAGAAUGGAAACUGUAAUCAGGCAGUGGACCAUACCGGUUUCUCUCAUAGACUCAUACCAAACGGUUCACUUACGAUCGUAGUUCCAGAAGAUCAUAGAAAUGUCACUGUAACCGAAGAAAUAUGUUUAUCACCUGAUUUAGGAGAGAGCGAAUACUCACAUUGGGGAGCAAAAUUAAUGUCAUCAGAGACUGUUGUUGACAGUACAUCAAACAGUUGUCUGAGACGCUGGAAUCAGUGUGUCGCAUCCUUCUGUCGAGUCGUACAAAGGCUGAUUUCUUGCCGCACGUGCUAUCUAUGCCACUGUCGAGUAUUCCGACGGCGACGCGCAUCAGAUCUUUACGACCGAUUUCUCUGCUGCGUUUGGGAAUACGUGACGAUCCCUUAUUUCUUCCCGUCUCUGUUACUACGAUUUGCCACGAGGCUGUGUCUGAUGGGGUUCGCAGCGCUGUGCCCGUCGCUGGCAAAGAAAAUCAUCGACGAGUGCACAAACGAGGAAGCCGCAUUUUCCGUCUCGAUAUCUGGGUUUGCCUGGUUGUGCUUGCUGCUUCUGUCUCUUUGGUGUUCCAAGAUGUCGCAUGAAAAGCGAAAGUACGUGUUUGCGGCCGGGAACCUGGUCGCUGCGUCCGGGCUCUAUCUUUUGUCCAAGAUGGAAUCACACGACAGCCUGACUCUGAGUUGCGGAAUUUUCGGAUUGGGUCUAGGAGCUACGGUGGUCAUGGGCAAUACAAUUAUGCACGAGGCUCUCGGGACCUGCAACCUUGCCAAGGUGGAUGUGAUUUUGGAUCUCGCUUGUGGAAUUCUGAUACUCGUCACUGGCUCUGUCAUCGAUUCGAUCCUCGCACACAACGAAGGCCCUUCUGGCUGCUUCACGCUGUUGGCCGUUGUAUACUUGGUGACGGGACUUUCGUGGCUGUUAAGGCCAUUGGUCGACAGACUGCAAUCUAAAUGCCGAACUCACGAUCUCUGGUUCACUACUGGAGGACAUCACUUCACUUCUGGGUAAUCAGGUCUCGGUAUCCAGAAGUAUUGCUGUUGGAGUUCUCUGCGGUCCCGGAAAUAAGGAACGAUCUCCCAGGAAAUUCUUUACCACCGCAGCGUGCCAGCUUCUCGAGGAAUUUCCUGUUCUGUGGAGUUGAUUGGGCUAACAGUGCAUGAAUGUGGAAGGGAUUAUGAAAGUAGAAGGUUGUUUAUUAAUCAUCAUCCGUGAGUCGUGUGUCUCAUCUGCGGUGUUGUUUUAUGCGCGUCACAGUAGCGCGCUGCUGGGCCAUUCACUGCGGAUUUAAAAUCCAGCCGUUAGCCCUGUAGUACAGGGGCUGA